UAUAUAGAUUCAGUCAGUCUCCAUUGUUCUAACGUAACCUCCUUUGUUCAGUGCAUAUUCCUGUUUACUUCCUGUGUAGGAGACAGUUCCUUUGGCUCCGGGUCGUGACCUUGAUUGGGAUGAAGAGAUGGCCAAAGCACAGUCGCAUGACUGUGUUCCUGUUCUUUCCGAGCACCCGCUGUAUAUUCUUUACACAUCCGGAACGACGGGGCUGCCCAAGGGUGUUGUUAGACCCACCGGGGGAUAUGCUGUGAUGCUAAACUGGACAAUGUCCUCUAUCUAUGGACUUAAACCCGGAGAGGUGUGGUGGGCAGCCUCUGACUUAGGCUGGGUUGUUGGACAUUCCUAUAUCUGUUAUGGACCUCUUCUACAUGGGAACACAACAGUCCUAUAUGAGGGGAAGCCUGUGGGAACACCAGAUGCUGGCGCUUAUUUCCGUGUGCUCGCGGAGCAUGGAGUAGUUGCCUUGUUUACAGCGCCGACUGCAAUUAGAGCCAUCCGUCAACAGGACCCUGGGGCAGCCUUGGGGAAGCAGUACUCUCUGACAAGAUUCAAAACAUUAUUUGUGGCUGGAGAACGAUGUGAUGUGGAGACCCUGGAAUGGUCCAAAAAGGUCUUCAGAGUACCUGUCCUAGACCACUGGUGGCAAACUGAGACUGGAUCCCCAAUUACAGCAUCAUGCAUUGGAUUAGGUAAUUCUAAAACACCACCUCCAGGACAAGCAGGAAAAAGUGUUCCAGGAUACAAUGUUAUGAUUUUGGAUGACAACAUGCAAAAACUGAAGGCCCGAUGUCUAGGAAAUAUUGUGGUAAAGUUGCCAUUACCACCUGGGGCUUUUUCAGGACUCUGGAAGAAUCAGGAGGCAUUCAAGCAUUUAUACUUUGAAAAGUUUCCUGGGUAUUAUGACACCAUGGAUGCUGGUUACAUGGAUGAAGAAGGCUAUUUAUAUGUUAUGUCUCGAGUUGAUGACGUGAUAAAUGUUGCAGGUCACAGGAUUUCUGCAGGUGCUGUUGAAGAGUCAGUCCUUUCCCAUGGCACUGUGGCCGACUGUGCUGUUGUUGGCAAGGAAGAUCCUUUGAAAGGUCAUGUCCCCUUAGCACUCUGCGUGUUGAGAAAAGAUAUAAAUACAACAGAGGAACAAGUCUUGGAAGAAAUUAUAAACCACGUUAGACAGAGCAUUGGCCCUGUGGCUGCUUUUCGAAAUGCAGUGUUUGUCAAACAGUUACCCAAAACGAGGUCUGGCAAAAUUCCCCGGUCAGCUCUGUCUGCCCUUGUCAACGGCAAGCCGUAUAAGAUAACACCUACGAUUGAAGACCCCAGCAUUUUUGGGCACAUAGAAGAAGUGCUGAAGCAGUCAUCAUGACUUUAUUUCCUAAUUUUGAGUCCAUUUGAAUCAAUUUUCUAAUUGGAGUCACAUUUUUGGAAUUAUUUCCCAUAAAUAAAUAUUUAAAUAGAAAUUACCUGCAAACUGAAAUAUGAAUUGUAAAGCUUGGUCUAAAAAACAGUACUUGAGGACUAGUGAAAGACCUAUGCCUUCUGUUUGAUUAGACCCAAUUGCAUCUUUUUCAGUUGCCUAUAACAUGGCUCCUUAUAGGUUGUCUAGCACUUUAAGAAAAAUAUAUCUAAUGUAUGAUUUUUAAAAAUUGAACCCCCCAAGUAUUAUAAUUGAAAGAGACACAUUAAUGUAGAGCUACUUCCUGAAAUGAGAAAUCUGUAGCUUUGACCACAAACCUAAAACUCAAGUUGAAGUCGGAAAAUAAUUAUAAUUUUUCUUACAGAAAUUCUGAAUAUUUUCUAAUAUUCUUGAGAUGUCCCCAUGCAUGGUUAUUUUAAAUGAAAUCGAAUAACAUGGGAGGUCUUAGGUAAUCAUCUAGACCGCUGAUUUUCUAGAUAGGAGGAUCUGUCCCGUCAUACAUUUCCUGAGGGAAGAUUGGAUACCAGAGUAUGGCUCUGCCUUAGGUCAUUUGUACUUAGUCAAGGGAAAUCACAUGCCUGACAGAUCCUAGAGGUCAUUUAAUCCAAUCUCUUUGUCAUGGAGAUGAGAGGUGUUUGGAGUUCCUCCUGUCUCAGGUUCUUAGUUGACCAUAUAGUUAAUGAUUCCAGCUUCCUAUAAAAACAAACAAAUGACACACAAAUGGGGUAAAACUGACAAGGAAAGUUCUUAUGGAAGAAAUGUGAAACUUUAUACAUUGUGCUAGAGACCAGUUUUUAAGAAACCCCAAAUCUAGAUUUUUAUGUGAAAUCUCGAAUUUUUAAACAAUAACUCACUAAAAAAAAUAUUGUAACAUCCAAACACAUCUUUCCAUUUAAUCUUGUAGAAAAUUAUUGAGAAAUUAAGAAAAGUAAUUGAAAACAAGUCUUUGUUACUAAGCUUAUGGUAAUGUGCCAAUUAGCCAGAGUAGCUUGAUACAGAUUGUUAAAUGUGAUUUACUUAGGAUUACUUGGGAUUCUAUAUGAUAUCGGUUAUCAAAGAAUACAUUUAAAUAAAAAAAUAUACCAUGCCCACUGAGUCUUUGAUGGUGCUCAAAGUAUUUCCCAAUCUUUCAGUCCAUUAGGAACAUUACUUCUAAGAGCAGCUGUCCUAACGUAAUAGUCUGGGCACAUGAAAUAUAUGUGAGAGAUAACACGUAAGAGCUUAUUUACUUGUUUGCUUCAUAAAAAUUGCAACCAGUAUAAGACAUUCUGAAAAUGAUAGCUUUUUUUGGACCAUAGGCUGUAUAAAUAAAUGGCUUCUCAAAGGAAAGUCCUAUUUGCUUCAAUCAGCUUCUUGAUUGUUACACCUGAAAAAAUACAGUCAGCUAACCAUUCUUUUUAAUUAUUUUAGCAGCCUGAAUUAAACCAACUAGACAGACAUUCAACUUAUAAUUUGAAGCUGUCAGUUUCUUAAAGUGACUCUUCUAUUGGGUACAUUUUACUCAUAAUCACAACUGUAAUCUUAACGAAUAAUACAUUUUUAAUGUUUAAAAUGUAUUACCUUAUUUUUUCAUAUAAGAUUCAGUUAAUUUGAAAUGGCAAAUCCUUUAGCAGAAUGCAUAUCAUCGUUCAUUUGCAAAAGGUAUAAACAAAGGCAUGUGUGAAGGGUACGUCUGUAGAAUCUCUUGCACAUUUUUCCUGUAAAUCAAUUCUGAAGGGACAUGUUAGCACUCAGGCUUGAGUUAUUUUCCAGUUGAGUGGGAUUGGAAAACAGUGCAUGAGCCUGGACAGGAAGUACUGUUAUUUUCAUGUGACUAAAAGUGGGGCAAGAAAGAUACACUUGAGUUGUUGAUUGCCUAAAAUCUGGGAGGAAAAAAAAAUAAUUUUCUUUUUCAUACUUACCAUAAAGCACUUUCACUAAAUUGUACCUAAAAUAUUCUGGAUUAAAUGUAUAUUUAAAAAUAACAAUACAAUGUUACUAAAAAUAUAAUCUCAUUUAAAUGUGCUGAAAUAAAGUCCACAUGGCCUUCUUUUGA